AUGAAGCCCGAAGAAAGAGAUCCUCUGCACUCUCCCGUCCUCCAGCAUUUAUCUCUUCUAAUCAAUCCGAGCCCGGAGCUUCGAUCGCCCAUCGCAUCAAGCAUGUCCGAAAAGAAGAAGACGCGCAAGCGGUCCAAGAUCAAACGGUGGUUGAGAAGUUGGGUUUUCACUCCGCUGGGCAACGUGAAGAUCAAGUUGAUCAGCAAGGUCGAGCGGAGGGGUCGAAGUAUCGCGGACUGUGAGCUCAAUCAUAUCGUUUUCGGAGCCCUCACCGAUCGAUAUCCGUGUCGCUUCUUUCGGGAUCGCAAUGAGCCGGGAUCGGCCCCAGUCAGGAGGUCCCUGCUUGAAAAUGAGUUCGAAUCUCUGGUAGAUCUGUUUAUUUCUAUGUCUGCUCAGUCGGAGAGCGCGCGACAGCAGUCUUCCAGACUUGAUGCGUGCGUGGCCAACGGCUCUCUAGUUGGCAGAGAAGAACUUGCUGUGGCAACUGCCCGGGCUAAGUCUCCCCAUGAUCCUCGUGGGAGCUGGCGAGGGGAUGAACGUUAUGUGUUGAGAAUCAUGAAUCCGGAUGUGUCUUGGUUGGAUAGUGAGGAUGAGAAGUCUGAAGAGUCAGGCUCCAUGUCUGUAAUUGAGGUUGAUACGAAUGUGUACGAGCUUUCUGCACUUGAGGGAAAGAGCCCAGACUUACCUGCCGAGUUGAGUGAAGAAGGCCAAUCUGGGAAGUCACGUUCUUCCUUGGUAGUCGAAUCUGAUGUUCAGAUAGCUCCCCAACUCCCAAAUUUGUAUUUCGAUGCACCGUUAUGCUGUCUCAUCACUUCAGCUCUGCACGACUCCAGCUCACCAGUUCUUUUUGAGAAUGGUCUUUGUUUAUGUGAUCACUCCUCACACGGUACUCAAUCUCUGAUUUCACAUCUGCCUCUAUCGGAUGUAUCACGAUCAUCCGUCAGGAGGGUCAAGCCUCCAAGAAACACCAUGGAAUUCCUCAUCCGCCAAACACAGAGAAGGCCAAGUACCAUCUUGAACAAUGCGCAUAUCUCCCCAUAUGUUCCAUUACAGCCGCGACCACUCCAGAUUCGAAAAGCCUCUAAUGCCACCUCCACCAACACACAGAAUGAUGCCCCGUCGCCCUUUCCUGCAGAGCCAUCCCACGAUGUGACAGUACCAGUGCACAGCCCAUCAUACAGUCUCCGCUGUAAGAUCCAACACGGCCCCUUACCUCCCCUACCUCCUUCGACAUCCAGUACCUCAUCCACUCACUCCUUUUUAUUUGGGCCAGCAGGACCCAGCUCUCGACCGCCAGACAUCUCAUCCAUCACUCCCUCUGUCUCUGCAUCAGCACCACCCGUGGAUCUCCCACAGUACCCUGACCGGCCAACCUCAAUGUGCGAUGGCUGCCUAGCAAGGCGACAUCGGUCCCUCCACAGCCAUCCAUCCCAUCGCCAUGGCGAUAAUAGCCCGCAAUUUGGAAAUCCUCCACUCCCAUACCCACUCAGCCCCCAAGAACCAACCCGCUUACCACCUCGCGUUGACAAUUUACCAGCUUCUCUCGGGGCCUGCCUACAGUGCCGGCACUGUCCGACUCGUCAAUCCGGGGCCGUAUCUCCGCCAGUGUUAGUUAGUCCUCGACAUCGUGCUCAGGUGUUGAAUCGUGCUUCUGCCUCUUUCUUGGACUCUUUCCCUAACUCGCCUGGGGCUGGUCCUAUAGGUCCCACAGAGUUCUAUGCUAUGUCUAAAGAUAACGUGCAUUCGCAUGGCGAAUCUGGUCACAUCGAUGAGAGUAUUGAUUCGUCUGGUUUGGAAAUGUGCCUAAUUGCAGGAUCGAGGGCUCAACGCCGGAGAUACCGUUAA